GGGACAGGGAGGGAGGGAGGGAGAGAGAGAAUCUAGACCCUUGUGAGGCACAUCGCUCUCUAGUGUCUGCGCUGGGGCGUCGUUUGCAGACGGAGUCGAAACCUGCAGAUAGUCCGCUCGCUCUUCCUGCCUCUUUGUGUAAUUUAACUAAGAGACAAGGCUUUUCUUAUGAGCAGAUUAAUAAUUUCCAACAGCAUGUUGGAGGGUCCAUCUUUUCUUGUUGCAAGGGAGUUACCAAGUUCAUGUGAGGAAGAGAGCAGGUGGAUUUACAACACUGUUCAUAUAAUGGAGCUCUCAAGCAACAAGCGCAGACUAGAUCAAGGAGAACAAAUGGUGUUAGGAAAGUCUUGCAAACGUUCAGAUGCUCCUGAGGAAGGAGAAACACGGUUGAGAGUGCGUGACCUUUCCCUUUCCAAUAACCAAAUAAAUGACCAAAAUCAUGCAGCUGAUCAGUCAGAUUCAAGCUCACUGAUUUACCAACUUGGGCGGGAUAUGUCAAUUAACUGUCUACUUCGGUGCUCAAGGUCUGAUUAUGGUUCAAUUGCCUCAGUGAAUCAGAAUUUUCGAUCUCUCAUUCGAAGUGGAGAACUGUAUAAGCUCAGGCGGCAGUUUGGUAUUAUAGAACAUUGGGUUUACUUCUCUUGCAAUCUCCUUGAAUGGGAGGCAUUUGAUCCGAACAAUGGUCGAUGGAUGCGCUUGCCUAGAAUGACUUGCAAUGAAUGCUUUAUGUGUUCAGAUAAGGAGUCACUUGCUGUUGGUACCGAACUUUUGGUGUUUGGAAAGGAAAUCAUGUCUCCUGUUAUUUACAAAUACAGCAUCUUGACAAACUCAUGGUCAUCUGCUAAAGAAAUGAAUACACCUAGAUGCUUGUUUGGUUCAGCAAGCCUCGGUGAAAUAGCUAUACUUGCUGGUGGUUGUGACCCACGAGGCAACAUCUUAAGUUCAGCUGAGCUUUAUAACUCAGAAACUGGAAAUUGGGAGACUCUUCCAAACAUGAACAGAGCAAGGAAAAUGUGCUCUGGCGUAUUUAUGGAUGGGAAAUUUUAUGUCAUCGGGGGGAUUGGAGUAGGCAACUCAAGACAGUUGACUUCUGGCGAGGAGUUUGAUUUGCAGACAAGGAAAUGGCGUGAAAUACCCAAUAUGUUCCCUGGUCGAUAUGGAGGGGCUGGGAUAGCUGAGGCACCAGCUGCUGCUGAGGCUCCUCCUUUAAUUGCAGUUGUAAAUAAUGUAUUGUAUGCUGCAGAUUAUGCUCUACAGGAGGUAAGGAAGUAUGAUAAAGUCAGGAACUUAUGGGUCACCAUUGGAAGGCUACCUGAGCGGGCAGCUUCAAUGAAUGGGUGGGGGUUAGCUUUUCGUGCAUGUGGAGAUAGGCUAAUCGUUAUUGGUGGGCCUCGGGAUUUAAAUGUGAGGGCGAUCGAAGUGAAUGCUUGGGUCCCUGGGGAAGGCGAACCUCAGUGGAACCUGCUGGCCAGCAGACAAUCAGGGAGCUUUGUGUAUAAUUGUGCUGUGAUGGGAUGCUAAGAUUUUGGUGCUUUGUGAAUCGCUUCUGAUUGGAAUUAACAAUCUUAAAUUUUCAAGGAGAUGGAUUCUGGCUCAUGGGUAAUCUCUGCCCUCCUUUUUGGGGAAAUUUCAUGUCGUACUUAGAGUCAUAGAUACAGGUUUAGAAGUUUCACAGGUUGGUCAUUUUUUCCCUUCCUUUUUCUAGUUUCUUUGGGUCCUUUUCACUUAAAUUAGCAUGAGGGUUUGUCAAAUGUUGGCAUCAUGUAGGCACAGGCAAAUAAUGUGAACUGGUACAUGUUGUGUUGCAAUGACCAUUUUUACAAAUUUAAUUGAAGCAUUGCGGAAUUGUAAUUGA